AUGGAGAUCAAGGUAUUACAGCAUGAAGCUGAGAAGCUCAUGCUUGAAUCGCCUGACACUGCGAAACUCCGCCAUUGGUCAAAGCUAUACAGUGCAGAACCCCACCUAGCCGGAGACCUUGCCCACGCGGAACGCAUCCGAGAUUUAUGGAUUUCCUAUGGAAUUCCAACUAAACUGGAACAGUACGAGGUCCUCCAAAACUUCCCAAAGUCUCAAGCAUUGCACCUUCUUGACCUCGAUGGGCAGACAGCCUUUGAGGCUUCUCUGACGGAGGACGAGGUUCCCGAGGAUCCGACAUCGUCUCCUCGGAACGGCUUACCCGCCUUUCAUGGCUUCAGCGCCAACGGCGAAGUCCGCGCCGAACUGGUGUACGCGAACUUCGGCGAGUUGGAAGACUUCGAGCUGCUCAAGUCGCAUGGUAUAUCCGUGAAAGAUAAGAUUGUUGUUUGCAAGUAUGCCAAGGUCUUCAGAGGACUCAAGGUUAGAGCGGCCGAGCAGUUCGGAGCCGCCGCCGUCAUUCUGUACAACGAUCCCCAAGAGGAUGGCGAAUACACCGUUUAUAACGGCUAUCAACACUAUCCUUAUGGCCCAGCGAGGCAUCCCAAGACGAUUCAAAGAGGCAGCGUCGAUUUCUUCUCCGUAGCUGUCGGAGACCCAACGACACCCGGAUAUCCCAGCUUGCCAGACACCGAUGUCGAACGACAGGAUCCUAGUUACGCAACUCCAAAGAUACCAUCACUGCCGAUUUCCUAUGCAGAUGCCAUUCCUUUCCUUCAGGCAUUGAACGGCCAUGGACUGGGACCUAGUCAAAUAGGUGGCGAGGACGGCGACUGGAAAGGGUGCCUUGCGGCCGUAGACUACUGUACCGGCCCCAGCGAAGCCAAAGUCUUUCUUUCAAAUCAAAGCACUUACACAUAUGCCCCAAUUUACAACGUCAUCGGAACCAUACGUGGGACUACUGAAGAGAGCAUCGUUCUUGGCAACCACCAUGAUUCUUGGUGUUGUGGAGCUAUUGACCCUGUGAGUGGAACGGCAGCUAUGAACGAGGUCGCUAGAGCUCUGGGCGAUUUGUGCUCAAAAGGCUGGAAACCAUACAGGAAAAUUAUACUAGCAAACUGGGAUAACGAAGAAUACGGCUUAGUCGGCUCUACCGAAUGGGUCGAACACCACCAGGAUGACCUGAGCAAAAAUUGUGUUGCCUACCUAAAUGUUGACGAGUCAACCAAUGGUGGGACGAUCCUUGGCGCUACUGGGAGCCCUCUUCUUGCAAGUGUACUUCGUGAUGUUACCCGCAUGAUCAAAUCUCCGGUCAACCAGAAUCAAACAGUCUAUGAUGACUGGUUGAGUGAUCAGAAGCGAGCCAAUCCAGAGCAGACGGCCCCAAAUCUUGACCUCAUGGGCACAGGAAGUGACUACACGGCAUUCUUCGAUCAUCUCGGUAUUCCAUCCGUUGACCUGCUCUUCAAUCGACAGGGGAAGGGUGUGUAUCCUUAUCACUCCAAUUAUGACAGUCACUACUGGGUCGAGAAUUUUGGAGAUGUGGGCUUCAAGAAGCACCUCGCCAUGACUCAACUCUGGGGUUUGCUGACGGCACGACUUGCUGGUCUGGGUAACGUUGCGUUCGAGGCAGCGGAGUACCCGAGAAUCCUCGCCCAUCACUUGCAGAAGCUCCGGGUGAAGUAUGAUGACAUGCUCAGUUUUUCUGCUCUCAUCGAAGCCAUUAUUCAGUUUCAAGACGCAGCCUCUCGUUUAGACGCGAGAUCGCCCCUCCGAGGAGCUCCGGGAAGUAGGCAAGUCGACAAAGAAGUCAACAAAGCUUAUCUUCGUCUCGAGCGACAAUUCCUUUUGCCAAAGAAUGCUGGGCUGCCUGGCCGGGAGUGGUAUCGGCAUGUUAUCUUUGCACCCGGAUUGUGGUACGGCUAUGAUGGAGUCAUCUUUCCCGGCGUUGUGGAAUGCUUGGAAGAUGGAAAUAUCGAAGGUGCUGCUGAGUGGCUUGAAAAGAUAGUCGCCGCUGUCCAGAGAGCAACUUACAGCUUACUUUAA